UGACAUAAAAAAAAACGGCUGUUUCCCGCCAGGCGUGAUCUCGGGUCACGUUUACCGCCAACGUCUUGCUUUAGUUAUAAUUUAUUUAAAUAAAAUAAAGUUGAUCUUUUUUGUUUAAUUAUUUAAAUUAUAAUUUAUUGGUGAGCGCACAGUAUAGUGAGUAACUAUCGGGGUGAUGAAAACAAAAGCCGGCUUAAAUAUUGUCUUAUUUAUUUACUCAGAUAUUUUAAUACUGACGCAGGUAAUCACAUAUUAAGAUAUUAAAAUGUUGAGUGUUGCUACAAAUACCCCAACAGUUCACCAUCAUUACAAGUCAAUAAGUCCAACAGCACCAGCAAAUCAAAAUUCACGAUCACCACGUCGUCUUUUGAAAAAAGUAUCAAAGUCAUGGAAGAAUUGCCACAAGUAUAACGUGUUUUCAAGAAAUAAAGUAAAGUCUGUUGGCAAUAUAAUUAAAAAGAAUAGCGCACAGUACAUUGAAAGUUGCGGUAAAAGUUCAUCAAGUGAAAACGCGAGUACAUCAUCGUCAGGAAUUAAAAGAGACCUGGUAGCUGAAGUCAAUUGCAAGGAUUCAUUGCCGGAUGAUGAAGAGUUUAUGAUUAUUGAUGAUAAGCAGACGGAUAAAUUGAUAACGUCAAAUAGUGAUAGAUAUUGCAAAGUAUUUAUUGAAACAUCUGCUGAAGUCGAGUCUAAAAUAGCUAAGGUUGAUAACAUUGAUUGUAAAAAACGAAGACGUCCUGGUUUAGGUGGAAGAUUAGCCAUUGCUACUAAAUUAUUAAAAGAUAACAAUAGUUCAGCUAUGGCUGUAAAAGAAUCUCCUGAAGAAAAUUUAACUGUCAAUCAUCAGAAAGCUGCUGCAGCAGUUGUUGGUGUUGUCGAUCCUCAUCAGAGUCAGAAUAAUUUGAAUGAGUGUGAGAAUAAUAAUCAGAAUCAAGACGAGAAUUGGAAUCAGCAUGAGGCUCAGCCUGAACAUCAUCAGUUCCAAGAAGAAGUUAAUAAUAAAGAUGAAUGCGCGUAUGACAAUUUAGUGCAGGGCUGGGCAGAACCAUAUAACGAUUACCAAGCAUCCGAGGCGGCUUAUUAUAUGACAGGAUUUCCGAAUCCACCUGGUGAAAAUCGUUGCUGGCUCAACGCGACUCUGCACGCACUGUUUGUACUGCCGUUGAUUGAUAACAUUGACCGGAAUUUGGUUGUCCGGUUGUCGAAGUUGACCAAGACAUUGGUAGCCAUGCAGUGCUUCUGGCGUCAAGGAUCCAAGAACACGGAGAAGACUCACCAGACGGUCACAAAAUUCAAGGAAGAACUGGCAAUACUUGACAACUCAUAUCCAUCUAAAAACCAACAAGACGUAUCAGAAUUUUUGAUGAUUUUACUUAAUUAUGUUAAGAGCGAAUACAUUGAUCAGUUGUCUGCUCAAUCAAACGAAGAGAUGGAAAAUGUACCGGAGAAUCACCAAAAGAUAUCGUCUAAGGACAACCCGCGUCCGGCAUCAUCACCAUCAAAGCGACAACCUCUGGCUACUUUGUUUCCACUGAAACCGAACGGCAAUGCCGCCAAUGCAAUCGUCGGAACCCGUGAUGAUUCAAUCAAAGAUAAAGAUGACAAGUCUCCUGAUAAAGAUGACAAGACUCCUGAUGAAGAUGAUAAGACACCAAAUAAUCCUAUCGAUGAAUGCUUCAUGUUGCCCAUGGUAGAGCAUUCCAUUUGUCAAAAUUGUAAAAAACAUCGGAAGCGCAACAUCAACAACCUGAUGCUCUACGUUGACUUGCCAAGCAAUCAAAAUAACAAUGAAGAAGUGACUGUCAUAUCAUCAGACUCACCAGCAUCACCAGCAACUGAAUUGUCAUCAGCAAUUUUAAAAAGCAUGGAACCAGAAGAACGUUCUGUCACUUGCCCGAAAUGUCAGUCCGAAAAGCAUUACGUCUCAACGUCAUUUCGUGGAUGUCCAAAUGUUAUGAUUGUUCAAUUGAAUCGUUACGGAAUUUUCAGUGGAGGUUUAGUUGACAAAAUAAAUUCAGCUGUUAAUAUACCAGCGGAAUUAGAUAUUGAAAUAAAUGAUAGUAAUGCAACUGAUGAAAAUCCAUCAGGAACUACAACUGUACAUAAAUUUAAACCGAUUUGUAUUAUCGCGCAUGUUGGCAGUGCUAUGGAUUGCGGACACUACACCACUUAUGCUAAACAUGACCAUCAGUGGUUUCAUUACAAUGACAUGGAUGUUACGCCGAUGACUGAAACGGAAGCUCUCACUGCCGCUCAGACUACAGCUUACCUGAUUUUUUUUGUCAAUGUAAAACCACCAGCAUUGACGACUUCAUUUGAUUUAAAUAAAGACGACUUGCCCGGUAAAUUAGAUGACAAUCCGUCGCUGUAGACACUUGGGCCACUACACUUUUUUUUGUACCUUUUAUAAUUAUAGAUUCAAAAUAAUAAUAAUAAUAAUUGAUAGGUUUUUAUUAAAGUUAAAGUUAAUCGUUGGAGCACAAAGUUUUUAAAAAGCUUGAUAAAAAAAAAAAGAAAAAAUAUUUUAUUAGUCUAAGAGACAUUUGAAAAUAUAACAAUAUUUUUAUAUACAUAAAUAGUAAUCAUAUAUCAGUGUGCAAAUUAUAUUAUUAUUAUUUUAAAUAAAUAAUAUUUCAUGUCUCUAUGGAGAAAAUAAUUUAAUUGUUUAAUUUACAUAAAAAUCUUAAGUUUAUUUCAAUUCAAAUUUUCCCUCCUUUAUUGUAAAGUCGCCCGGGAAAUUUGAAAGCUGAAAAUAAUUUUAUCAGGGAUUUUAUUUAAAAUUUUAAUAAUUAAUAUUAAUUAUCAGUUGGAAAUGUAAUAAAAAAUAAAUAUAAAUUUAAAUUGUCAUACAUUUUUUUUUUAUUUAAAAUAAAAUUUUACUGUCGCAUUUAAUUUUUCGUGUUUAUUAAAAAAUUUAUAUUUUAAUUUAACAAAUAAAUUUUUUGUAAUUAAUGAAAAUUAAAAUCCUAGACUAUUUUAAAG